AUGGCAGAAUUCGUUGAAGAAUCAUUCUGGGGCAAUUUCUCAGAUGAAGAAAUUGACUUUAAGGAGCAGAGUUCUCUCACAGGAGUUUUGGGAGCAAUCCUCCUCCUGAUGUGCCUCGUUGGGAUGACAGGGAAUAUCUAUACACUGGUGGUAGCGUUUGGCAGCAUGGCAAUUCGUUCAACAAGCUGUUUGUGUGUGUAUGUUAUUAACUUGGCAUUGGCAGAUUUACUCUACCUUUCCACCAUCCCUUUCGUGGUUUGUACAUAUUUUGCCCAGGACUGGUUCUUUGGAGAUGCAGGAUGCAGAUUUUUACUUAGCUUGGACUUGCUCACAAUGCACGCUAGCAUCUUUCUGCUGACAGCCAUGAGCUUGGAACGUUAUUGGGCAGUGACCAGACCACUAAAGGCUAGGAUUGCUGGGAACAGUUAUCAUAAGGUUGCCAGCAUUGCUGUGUGGCUUCUGUCACUGUUACUUACAAUACCAAUGAUGGUCAUGAUCCAGCAGCGGGAAGGUGGAAGCCAUAAACAUAUUUGCUUUCCCACAUGGACACCUGAUGCCUUCCGAGUUUACCUCACAAUUCUCUUUGGCACUAGCAUCCUAACACCUGGCCUUGUCCUAGCCAUACUGUACUCACGUCUUGCAUGGAGCUAUUGGAUUUCUACAAAAACUAUGCAGACUCAGGUGACGGGCCGAAUGUUGAAACAGAAGCUGUUCUCCAGGAUUUUCAGCAUCAUUGUGGCCUAUUGGGCUUGCUUUGUACCAUUCUGGGCCUGGCAGUUAGCCAAAUUAUACUGGUCAAUGGACUUGGAGAUUGGUUCUACUGCUCAGGCUUACCUCAACUUUGGUGUUACCUGUUUGACUUAUAGCAACAGUUGCAUCAACCCAUUUCUUUAUACCCUGCUAACAAAGAAUUACCGUGAGUACAUAUCAACUCAGUGUGAGGAAAGACAAGGCAGACAGCAUGCCUUCUUCAGAAGGGGGAGAGAUGCAAAACCUCAAGCAGAACUUGUAUCUGCAGCGGAGUUGUAG